AUGAGUGAGGAUAAACGAGGUUCGGGGAUGAAAGAGGACAAGACACCUAAGAGUUUAGUGAAGGGGGAGGAAGACAAUGAAAAAAUAUUGAGAGAAAGUGAAUUCGAAACAAACACGCCCGAAGACAAGUUAAUCCCUGAGGUUGGAAGUAGUGACCAACCUGAUUCUAAGGAACAGAUUGUGAAGAAAGAAGAGCCUGAGGUUGAAGAUUCAAAUAAUGCGGCUUUGGGUCAAGACGAUGAGGAGGAAGAUAGUAACAAUCAUGACGACGAUGGGGAAGAGGAAAAUGAUGAUGACGAUGAUGACGACGACGACGACGACGAUGAUGAUGAUGAUGAUGGCGAUGAUGUUCAUAGGAGAAAAAGAAGAAGAGGAAAUCGGUUUUUAGAUGUUGAGGCUGAAGUUGACGAGGACGAGGAUGAAGAUGAAGACGAUGAAGAAGCUGAGUUAUUAAAGAAAGAUUUCUUGGCAGAUGAUGAAGCACCAGAGGCCGCAUCUGCAGCCGCCGAAAGUCACAUAAAACUAGACAGAUCACGUGAAAAGCUUGAUGAAGAAGAUGCGCAAGCUUUGGCAGCCCAGUUCCGUGAAAGAUAUGGAAGAUCCGCAUCUUCCCGUUACAUGGGCAGUGGUGCCAAAGUGUCACAGAGGUUGUUAUUGCCCUCCGUUGAUGACCCAUCCAUCUGGGGUAUACACGUUAAGCAUGGACGUGAGAAGAGCAUUGUUAGGCAAUUGUAUGCAAGAAUGUUUAAUAUGAAGGGUGUCGAAGGUGUGUACAGUGCUUUUCAGAGAGACGACUUUGAGGGUUAUAUAUAUGUCGAGGCAAGACGGAUCGAUGUGGUUGAUCGGAUUCUUUCCGGUAUUCCGGGAAUUUAUAUCACCGGUGGAAAAGUGCUAGUUCCAAUUGAUGAGUACCCCGACUUGCUUCGUCCCGGAAAACCUGAAGAUCAUGAAGUUAAACCUGGAAGUUACGUCCGGAUCAGGUCUGGAAAGUAUAAGGGGGACCUUGGUAUCGUUGAUAAUUUGGCUGACAACGGACUUGAGGCUCGUGUCAAGUUGAUUCCAAGGCUAGAUUAUGGUCGUGGUGUGGGUUCGUUGACCGGACGUGGGCAUCGUGGUUAUCAUAAAGGUAUGGCUCGCCCACCUCAAAAGCUCUUUUCACAGUAUUCCGCAUCACAGUAUGAUCCUGAACAUCUCACAACAGCCCGGACUGAGCGAAAUUUCUUUGUUUACAGAAACGAGGAGUAUAUAGAUGGUUAUCUUUUCAAGGAUAUCAGCAUGACGCACUUAGUUAUGAAAGAUAUUCGACCAACGUUGCGUGAACUUGAGCUCUUUGGAAUGGGCAAAGAUAACAAUGCACAGAAUAUUGAUAAUGAGGCAGAGGGAGGGUCGAUGCCGGUGGACAUUAACAAGAUGGCCAGGAGUCUUAAAAAGGCACAGAUAUCUUCAAUUCUUUUUCAACCUGGUGAUCGUAUUGUUGUUUCUUCUGGUGAGCAAACUGGAAUGCAUGGUCAUGUUACUAGUGUCGCCGGAAAUGGUAAGAUUGUGCAAGUAAUUCUUAAGGAUGGCCGAGCUAAGGAAGAAGUUGAGGUUCCUGCAUCCGCUCUCAGAAAAGUUUUUCUACCUGGUGAUCACGUUACUGUUGUUCGUGGUGUGCAUUCUGGUGAAAGCGGAAUGAUUGUUCAAGUUCAACGAAAGCAGGUCACUUUAAUAUCAGACCAAACUGGAAAAGAUGUGACCGUCUUUGCAAAUUAUUUACAGAGAUCAGUGGAUAGAGGUGCCUUAAAUAUGGCCACCGAAUCCACAGAGCAGGAGGAUGCUGAUGAUGAGGAUGGAGAAUCCAGUGCGACAUUCGAGUUGCAUCAAAUCGUCCGCUUAAAUCCUACUGAUGUUGGUCUCGUGAUCCGAAUGGAAAAGAAUGCAUUAACGAUUCUUCGAACAGAUGGAUUCACGGUCCGUGUUGAACCUGAACAGAUUCAAAGUGCCGUUAAGCUCGAUAGGAUGACGGAGAAGACGACCGAUCGUUUCGGUAACGAAGUUAAGGUGGGAGACGUUAUUAAGGAGAUUCAUGGAGAAAAACGGCAGGGUAACGUUUUGCACGUCUUUCGGACUACCUUGUUUGUGCGGUCCAAAAGUAUAGUGGAGAACUCUGGACUAUUCGUUGUGGACGCAGACACGGUUCAAAUUCUAUCAGCACAUGCAGACAUCUCGACUAAUUCGCCUGCUGUGGCAAUCUCCGGAGCAUUCAAGAUGCCAGACUUGAGCCGGAUGAACCCAAACAGAAUGGCACAUCCACAGAUUAAUGUUUCCAGCACGAAGUUUGGAGGCCGUGAUCCAACAAUCCAUCAAUACGUUAGUGUUCGUAAAGGUCCGUACAAGGGUAAAAAGGGGCUUGUUAAGGAUGCUAAUGGAUCCAUGGCACGUGUUGAGAUGCACAAUCCAGCCAAGAUCGUUGCAAUUAAUAAGGUUGAUUUGCUCUUUGAAGUCCGUCCGGGUCAAUACAUUGCCUAUGAACAAUUUGCUGAGAGCAGAGGGAGGGGAAGACGUGCUGGCAGGGGAGGAAGAGUGUAUUCUGAUGCGGUUGCCAGACCACCGCCUUCAAGUGCGGGAUCGGAAUCACCAAUGUGGUCUUCAUCCGGUCCUACAUCAACUGCAGCAUCUGUUCCAAAUGGUGGUGCUCAAAACGGUGGACUUACUCCAUCGUGGUCAUCCUCGCGCACCCCUGCCUGGGGUGGAAGAACUCCCGGAUGGGGAAAUAGUGGUGAAAAGACUCCAAGUUGGACAUCCGGUGGGGGAAAGACUCCGGCAUGGGGAUCGGGUUCACGUUCUUCCUGGGGAGGAAGUAGUACGAGAGGUCAAAAGUCUAGUUACGGUGGUCAUACCUCUUAUGGUGGAAGUACGGCUUACGGUGGGAAUACUUCCUAUGGUGGAAACACUUCUUACGGUGGAAACGCUUGGAAACCUGUUGGAAGUAACAGUGGUGGGGCAAAGAGUUCUGACUGGGGUUCGACGCCAACGGCCGGUGAUUGGGAUGCUCCAACACCUGCUGCGCCUAAGAAGGAGGAUGAUAAUUACAUCCCAGAAUGA